AUGCGUCUGGCAUACACCGCAGUGACCACGCUGGCCGCUCUGCUGUCUUGCAGCCACUCGGUUCCGACUGCUGGUGACCCGAAGGCUGUACUCAAGCAGGACGUCUCUCAGUUUGUGGCCCGCGGGACGGAUGGCGACGACUACAAAGUGAACACCAAGAGGCUGUUGAGGAACGCUCAUGUGCAAGGUACCUUGGAAGAGGCACUACUUCUUGAGGAGAGAACUGGACUAGUCGAGACCGUGGGGGUAUGGAUAGGGAAUGGAAUCAAGUUUGUCUCUCGAAAGGCCGGACCGGCUGUGGACAAACACUUGGGUGAGCUGGGAGCCGCUGCUGGUAGAAUUGUAAUAGAUGAGGUUAAGCAGAAGGUGUUGUUCGUCGGCAAGCUACUCAAGUUACUCGUGCCAAUCAAGAAGAUGUUGCUGGAAUUCCCCGCGUUCAAGAAAAUCGACGAAUGGUUUAAAAUGAUGAAAGGCAGUAAGCCGGUCGUUGUGGAUGCUGAGAAGUCGACGACCACGUCCGGGCUUGCCAACCUCGUGAAAGAAAAGGGCAAGGCAAUAGCGAAUGGCGAAGUGUACACCACGCAUGAUGCCAAGCCACCACUGAUCCCCGUUACUCAUCCCGGCGGUGGCGGUCAGCCAACGGUGAGCCAUAACAAUCCAGCCCCCCCCCCCGCCAAUUAA